AUGCGUUUAUUGGUUGAUAACAAUAAUAUAGACAAAAUAAGACAAUUGAUUUAUCAAAAUAUAAUCGAAGAUAGUCGGGAAAAACGUGUUUUAGUUUUGGGCCUGGAAGGUGCAGGAAAAACGACAAUUUUGUCACAAAUAUCAUCAGGUUCAUUUAUCAAUAGCAAAGAUUUAAAACCGACUGAAGGAUUUAAUGUAACAACCAUGGAAAUUAAUGGGAUUUCAAUUAAUAUAUGGGAGAUUGGGGGUAGAGAUAAUGUAAGAACUUAUUGGCCGACAUUUUUACAAGACACAGAUGUAUUAGUUUUUGUCGUGGAUGCAUCGAAUGAUUCGAAUAUUUCACUUGCCAUAAAAGAAAUAAGAUGGCUUUUAGCAGAUGAUAGAUUGGCUAAUGUACCAGUUUUGUUAAUAGCUAACAAGCAAGAUGUCCCAAAUGCUCUUACUCCUGACCAAAUCGCUGAUGCAUUAGACUUGGGAAGCGUUCUUCCGUCAAAACAUAAAAUCAAAGUAUUGGGAGCUCAAACACCUUCUAAAGCUACUGACAGACAUCAAUCAAUAUUAGAAGUUGAGAAGACGUUAUUGUUAAUGUUGAAUGCAUAG